CCACGUUCCGCCCCCUCUGCUGCCCCCCGGGCCGCACAAGGCCCCGGACGGCAAGGCUGGAGCCACGCGCCGGUCCCUGGACGACCUGUCUGCGCCGCCGCACCACCGCAGCAUCCCCAACGGCCUGCACGAUCCCUCGUCCACCUACGGCAGGCAGCUGGAGACCAAGGGGAAGCUGCUGGAGGGUGACAAGCUCCUCGUACAGCAGACAGGCUCUGGAGAGUACCGGACACUGCGCAAGGGCUUCUCACCGUACCACUCGGAGUCACAGCUCGCAUCCCUGCCACCCUCCUACCAGGACUCCCUACAGAAUGGCCCGGCCUGCCCUGGACCUGAGCUGCCCUCGCCCCCGUCCGCUGGCUACAGCUCUGCAGGACAGAAGCCCGAGGCUGUCGUGCAUGCAAUGAAGGUCCUGGAGGUGCACGAGAACCUGGACCGGCAGCUCCAGGACAGCUGCGAGGAGGACCUGAGCGAGAAGGAAAAGGCCAUCGUCCGCGAGAUGUGCAACGUGGUAUGGAGAAAACUGGGAGACGCCGCCAGCUCAAAGCCGUCCAUCCGGCAGCACCUGUCCGGGAACCAGUUCAAGGGGCCUUUGUAGGGCUGCUCUUCUGCGGACUGGACUGGCUUGCCUGGGGCCUCCUGGGAGCAGGCCCCGACAUGGGCAGGACCCCAGCCGAGCCACUGUAUUUGUUCUCUGUGGGGAUUGUACAUAGGACAAGCCACCCUGGCCCGGCUUUCUCGGGUUCACCACGCUGACGGCUACACCUCCAUCUCCCACCUCUGACACCAGCAAACUGGGAAGACGAGACGCCGCCAACUGUCUGUGUGGUACAGAGGCCCGGGCCACCUCAUUCCCUCACUGGGUCCUGGGCCCCAGGCUCCAUGGCUGAGUCCAAAGGCCACUUCUGGGAUGCCAGCCCCAGGGACUGUCCCAGGAUCCUGUCUCAUCCUUGAUGGAGAGACAUUGUACCCAGCCCGACACCUGGCUGCUACCGCCCCAGGCACAUGUCCCCACGCCACUCCUACAUCUGGAUGCCGGUGGCAGUGGACCUGGCCCGGGUCCUGGCUCGCUGGGCUGGGCCUGCAGGGUGGACAAGGAGGCGCGCCGUGCCAUGGCUGGCCCCUGGGCUGGGCCUGCAGGGUGGACAAGGAGGCGCACUGUGUCAUGACUGGCCAAGGCUCUGGGCUGUCAGGCCCUUCCUCUGACCCUCAGCCCUGGGAGCUCAGGGUCCCCUUCCAGCCUGUGGUCUGUGCCCAGCCACCCUGAUUCCAGCUGCUGUUUGUUUUAGGGUUCUCCCCCACACACACGCUCUGCAGUGUACCCCCUGCACUAGGCUGUGCCCUGGCUUUUCAGGUUCCCCUUGCCGAGUAUAAGGCAUGUCCCUUCCUGUGGUUUACAACUGUGGCUAGGGAUCGGAAAGGUCACCCAUGUCUUUCCAGCCAUGUAGCACUGGGCCUCACUGGACCUCCGGUCAGCCAGGCACCCUGCAGGGCUGGGCACAUCCUGGGUCACUGUGGACAGAGGUGCAGGGUCACAGGUGAGAUUUCUUCCUCCUUAGGAAGGAGCCGGAUUUGGUUCUGUCUGUAAUUUGCUGUGUGACCUGCAACAAGUCACACGGCCUCUCUGGGCCUGGGCCCUGGUGGAAGAACGAGGUCCCUGCAGGUUUGUGCAGCCCUGCUCACUGUUAGUGGCUCUCCUUGUGUCCUCGCUCACAGCCUGUGAUCCUGGAGGUUUCCUGGUGGAGAGGUCCCUGGGAGGGCAGAAGGGCAGAGCCCAAGUGCAGGCUGAGUUCUGCGGCCUUGCUGUCUCACUGCAGGUGACUGUCACCUCCCCUCAGCCUCUGUCCUCAGCUGUACAGUGGGCGGCAAAGGCCCUUCCUACAGGACUCUGGGGAUCAAACGAGUCUCAAUGUAAAUGACCACGUAGGAACUGUAAAGAGUGCUGGAUGAGCUUUUAAAUGUGUGUGAGGAAAAGGAGGCCCAGAGGGGGGCUAAGUGGUUUUGUGGCAUUGCAGGUGAGAUCCCAGAACCCGUAAGGGCAGGCCAUGUUCAGUACUCACUAGCACUGUCCCCAGUCCCCACUCCAUGAGCUGUCUUUCUCUCCCAGGCACUCAGCUUCCUGCAGCCAGUGCUUCUGGAGCUGAGGCUGUCUGCAUACCCAGCAGGUCUUGUUCAGGCCCCAGGGCAGGACAGGGACCAGGCCCUGGGGACCGAGGGUGGUGGCUGCUGCCCCUGCGUACGUACUCAGGGGAAAGGCUCAUGGCCCUGGUUGUACCCAGGCAGCGCUGAGCGGGCUCUGGGAGCAGGCAUGGGUGUGCUGCUCUGGCAGGGAGCGUUCCCAGUGGCUCUUUGCAGCAGGAGCUUGCCGUCUGCCACAGUGGCGGCGCUGGUCAAGGUGUUGGGCAACUCCUGCCGGUGCAGGCAGCAGAGGCCCCCGCAGGUCUGGGAGUCCAAAGAACUGCAGAGCAGCCCAAGGGGUGGUGGGUUCAUUCAGGUGGGAGCCACAUGGUCAGGCUGGUGUGGCCACCACUGAAAUAGCAAUAAGUGGGCUCUUGGGGUCUGCAGGUGUGCAGACUGGCUCAGGGACAGCUCGGAGCCACUUUCCCCUGGGGGUGGCGACGCAUGCCUAAUGCUGCAGUGGCAUCUGGGUGUCGGUGGUGGAGCACUUCUUUAAGAAGAAUCCUCCUGCCUGGGACAGAGGCAGCACACCAGCUGGUUCCCCUGAGCCAGCACGCCGUUUGGGUGGCUUUCUAGGACAACUGUGCCUGUGACAGUCACGUCUCGGAUGUCAGAGCUGACUAAAACGCUGGCCAGCUGCCUUUCCUGUGACCUGGCAGUUGCAGGCAGCCAUGGCUGGGAUCAGACAAGGCCUCCCAAGAGGGCAUCCCGGAGGCCUCAGCUCAGGGGCAGUCCCAGCUCUGCCACCAGAGUGAUACUGGGCAGCCCCAGUGGGGCUGUAGCUCUGAAAGCCACCAGGGCAGGGGGACAUCUUUCCAGAGGCCUCGUUCUAUCUCAGAUGCUCCGAUUCUAGAUCUGGAAGCCCAUCGUGCGGCCUGCACACUGGCUUCAGUUCCACGGAGACCCACCACCCUCCAGUCCCAGCCCAGGUGGCCAGGCCCAUCCUGAGCCAGAAUCCGCUGUGCACAUUUUAAGGGCGGCACAUUUUACCCAGAAGUUACUAGCUACACAUCAGUGUUUAAAGAGAAUAAAGUGACCUUUCAUUUUUUCUUCUUGAAACUUGAGAGGAAGCAAGAUACAUACUACUGAUUUUUUUUUUUUUUAUGAACUGAACACAUGACUGCGGGGCGCCACUGGUGUCUAUUUUCAUACUGUGGGGAAGUGAGCGUGCCGCCUGGGACAGGCUGAGCUGCCGCGUGCUCUGCGACUGCCCAGCGAGACCUGGAGCCAGCCCUCCCACGUGGCUCUGGGAAUCCCGGGCCGUUUCUACCUUCUGUUGAACCACUUUGGGGGGAGGGAGAAAGAGAACUUUUUGAUAGUGUGGUAAAGACGUUGAUCUGAACUAUUUUAGUAAAGAACAGACGUGAUAGUGUAUACUUUGAGCUAGAUAAAUAAAGGCCUCUUUCCAAGCCUCCUG